GUGUUGUUUUGAAGGAAGUGCGUCUGCGUCAUUUCUGGAGGAACGCAACAAGCUAGCAGAUAACGUUAGCUAGCUCCACAUCAAAGGAUGAUGGCGUCCGCCGCGAUGGAUACCACGUAAAUAAGAACCGACGCACACACGGUCCGGUCGGUGUAUUCUCCGGUGACAUUAACGGGGCUUUCUACACAGUCAAUAGAAAUUAGAAACGUGUCGUUAUGGCGACCGGGAGCGGCGGCGGCGGCGGCUUAGCGUCAAACCAUGACGGUCAGGAGGCAGCAGCGUUCAACUCGGUUCAGUCUGGAGUCGGAGCGGUGCUCUCCAACGUGCCAGCCUCCGGUUCUGCCCGGUCCGCCUCCCCGCCCGCCCUCGGCCUUCACCGGGAGCCCAUGUACAACUGGCAGGCGACGAAGAGCUCCCUGAAGGAGCGCUUCGCCUUCCUCUUCAACAACGAGCUGCUCAGCGAUGUCCGGUUCAUCGUGGGGAAGGGCAGACAGGCCCAGAGGAUACCGGCCCACAAAUUCGUCCUGGCCGCCGGCAGUGCCGUGUUUGAUGCCAUGUUCAACGGUGGGAUGGCCACGACCUCGACUGAAAUAGAGCUGCCGGAUGUGGAGCCCGCAGCCUUCCUCGCCCUGCUCAGGUUCUUGUAUUCGGACGAGGUCCACAUUGGUCCUGAGACUGUGAUGACGACUCUGUAUACGGCAAAGAAGUACGCGGUCCCUGCUCUGGAGAGCCACUGUGUGGAGUUCCUCACCAAGCACCUCAGAGCCGACAACGCGUUCAUGCUCCUCACUCAGGCAAGGUUAUUUGACGAGCCUCAAUUUGCCAGUCUGUGCUUGGACACCAUAGACAAAAGCACUGCGGAUGCAAUAAACGCAGAGGGUUUUACAGAUAUUGACCUUGACACCUUAUGUGCAGUGCUACAAAGGGACACUCUCAGCAUCAGGGAGAACCGCUUGUUCGGGGCGGUGGUACGCUGGGCAGAGGCCGAGUGUUACAGACAACAGCUUCCCCCGACCUCUGAGAACAAACAGAAGGUUCUGGGCAAAGCCCUCCCGCUCAUUCGCUUCCCGCUCAUGACCGUGGAGGAGUUUGCUGCAGGGCCUGCCCAGUCUGGAAUAUUGUUCGAUCGGGAGGUGGUAAAUCUGUUUUUACACUUUACAGUAAACCCCAAACCACGGGUCGACUACAUCGACAGGCCCCGCUGCUGCCUCAGGGGGGAGGAGUGCAGCAUUAAUAGGUUCCAGCAGGUUGAGAGUCGAUGGGGGUACAGUGGUACCAGCGACAGAAUCAGAUUCAAUGUUAAUAAAAGAAUAUCCAUAGUGGGUUUUGGCCUGUAUGGUUCAAUACAUGGACCCACAGACUAUCAGGUCAACAUACAGAUCUUAGAGAGCGACAAGCGCAUUACACUGGGGCAGAACGACACAGGCUUCAACUGUGACGGCACAGCAAACACGUUCAGAGUGAUGUUCAAAGAGCCUGUGGAAAUCCUACCCAAUGUCAGCUACACUGCAUGUGCCACCUUAAAGGGCCCAGACUCUCAUUAUGGCACAAAGGGGUUAAAGAAAGUGACCCAGGAAUCAGCGACGGGGACCAAGACAACGUUUUUGUUUUUUAGCUCACCAGGAAACAACAACGGUACAUCAGUGGAGGAUGGGCAGAUCCCAGAGAUAAUCUACUACAUCUAGACUUAACACUGUCAUGCUGGUACACUAAACCAGGGAGACCUCAGACUGCUGCGAAGACUAGACUGCUGGAGAUAAAUGUAGUGCCUCAGAACCCCUUGGAAUAUAGAAUGUGUGUGUUUGAGAGAGAGAGAGAGUGUGUGUGUGUGUGUGUGUGUGUGUGUGUCUGUCUGUCUGUCUGUCUGUCUGUCAAUACAAUAAUGGCGUAUGGACAUGAUUAAGAAUGUGGAAACAAGCGGAGUUGUGUGUACAAACAAGCUUUUGGGGCAUAAAUUGUAUCAUCAGUUGUAAAUACUAUAAUGCUGGUGUCUCAUCUGUGUGUUGUUGUCAGUAGGCUGUCACUGCAGGGUUUUUUAAUCCUCCACAAGUGAAACUAGAGAGACAGCUACCAUGUGUUGGUUGGCGCCAUUUCAUUCUAUUUUCUCCGUUUUUGCUGUCGCAUUUACUGAAAGUAUAAUAUUUGCAUAUUUUUUAUUGUGCACUGUUUAUCAGUUAUUCAGCAGGUGUCUUCAAGUACUUUGUUUUUGCAUUGUAUUAAGGAUGCUGUAAUUUAUGACUUCAUGUUUGCCUAGCACUACAUUAAAAUGUAAAAAGGAAUUACUCCAAGACUUUUAUGGUGAAAUAAACGAACACAAUUUUAUUUUUUAGCUUUUUGCCAUUAAAAUGUUGUAAAAUUGU